GAAAGGGAGGAACGGGGUGGCUCUGCUCCCCAACUAAUUAAUGUUUUAAAACAUCAAAUCAAAGCUUCUGGAUCCGCCGAGCCGCAAGAAAGUGCAAUAUUUUAUGAUACGUUUCUUUGUGAAAGUAUAGAAUUUAGCAGUGUCUGGGAGAGGCGCCGGGGUGUUUGCGUGCCCCCUCUGAUCUGUGCGAAAGCAUUUCCUUGUUGCGGAUCCUUUUCCUGUAAAGUUUGGAAAGUUUGAAAGUUUUAAUUUUCCCCAACCCCUUCCCCCUCUGCCCGCACCGUGCCUUGUUUUGGAGGAAAAGAACGGAGGGCAGGGGGUCUGCGUGGAUGCUGAGGCUCAGAUACAAGGAUGUGUACGUUGGAAGACAUCAAGAACAAAUACAGGCUCCAUCUGUACGUGUGGCACAACCAGUACAGGGAGGUUGAGAAGGAACUAAAACAGCACGACAUUGAAGCAGUUGAUCCAAGGGGUCGGACACCAUUACACCUCGCUGUCUCGCUAGGACACCUGGAAUGUGUUGAAGUGCUACUUCAAAACAAUGCCUCUGUUAUUAAGGAGAAUGCCAAGGGAUGGACAGUUCUGCAAGAGGCGGUCAGCACAGGAGAUCCUGAGUUGCUGCAGAAAAUUCUUCAGUAUCGGGACUAUAAUAGAAUAAACUCUCAUCUCAAUGGAGUUCCAGAACUGCUUAACAAAAUACAAAAGACCUCUGAUUUCUAUGUGGAGAUGAAGUGGGAGUUUACCAGCUGGAUUCCCCUCGUGUCCAAGAUGUGCCCAAGUGAUGUAUACCGUAUAUGGAAGAGUGGUGCCAACCUACGAGUAGAUACUACCUUACUGAACUUCGAGAAUAUGAAAUGGGAAAGGGGCCAUCGCAGCUACAUUUUUAAGGGCAAAGCUGACAGGGCCGAGUUUAUAGAAGUGGACCAUGAUAACCAAGUCGUAGACCUGGAACACUUCGAGCUCUCACAAGAACAACAAGGUCUCACACUGACGUCCGUAAGGCCAACAGCAGAUCAAGUUGCAAGCCGUCUUACUUCCCCCAUUGUUUCCACGUACCUUGAUACAAAAAACAUAUCCUUUGAAAGGAAUAAAUCUGGAUUCUGGGGUUGGCGGACAGACAAGACUGAUGUUAUACAAGAGUAUGAGGCCAAGGUUUUCACUGUGAACAAUGUUAACGUGGUGACCAGGAGCCGAACUGAGCAUCUCACCGAAGACGAAAAGGCGAAAUAUAAAGAUGAGAAAAACCCUCUUGAAUCUCUACUGGGAAAGGUGGAGGAGCACAUCAGCCCACAGAAUGAACACCUUGUCACAGAAACUGCAACGAUUAACAACCCCACGUCAAUCACUCCAGAAGAAUAUUUUGACCCAGAUUUUGACCUUGGAGACCGGGACAUUGGGCGCCCCAUGGAGCUAUGUGUCAAACUACGCAAAUUUAAAGCAACGCUGUGGCUGUGUGAGGAAUACCCACUGUCCUUUGUGGAGCAGGUGAUUCCAAUCAUCGACCUUAUGGCAAGGAGCAACACACACUUUGCAAAACUCAGGGACUUUAUCACUUUGCAACUGCCACCAGGAUUUCCUGUCAAAAUAGAAAUUCCUCUCUUCUACGUACUGAAUGCACGAAUUACGUUUGGAAAUGUGAAUGCAUGCAGCUCCCUCAAGGCAGCAGCAUCUCAGUCACACCAGGGGUCACAGAGCAACCUAACGGCACCAGUGUUUAUCAGAGAAUCUGGCUUUGAAGUGGACCCAUCGGUUUUCGCCGUUCCAGAAGAUUAUCACGUCCGUGGCGGCAGGCGGAAUGUGGUGCCUGGAAUUGACGGGGACGAGAAUGACCAGCUGAUCCAACUUGCAAUCCAGCAGAGUCUGUUGGAUUCCCAACCUGAUGGCAGUGGCGGUGUGUGGGAAGAGAUACCGAGUAGGACUUUGCUCUCAGAACAGAGCUUGAACCAAGAUAGUGAGAGGGCCAUCAGCGAGAGCUUUCCAGGCUCUCAAUCCAUAAACCAGUUUGCCAACUACAACACUCAGUUGCAAUAUGCCAUGGAGAUUUCUGCCAAAGAGCUCGAGGAGCAAGAGAAAAGACAGCGAGAAGAAGAAGCAAUGCUGAACCGUAUAUUGGAGCUCUCUCUUCAGGAGCAAUGAAGGCUCCUUGUGGGCCAGCUGAAACGGGUGCACAGCACUUUAUUAACCUGCUAGACAGUGAAAUUAUUCAGACUGUUUUUAAAGAAAGUAUAUUUUUCUCCAUAUUUUUGACAUUUCAGUGGAAAAUCUGCAUGGCGAGCAGAUGGUGUUAAUGUUUCUUUCUUACCUUGAUGCAGUGAUAUGUAGCAUUCACCAGCAUUGGCUAUUAGCCUUCCUUGCACAGUCCUGAUUAGUCUCGGAAACCACAAUAUCAUCCAAUGCCUAGUUUACGGAUCAGGAUCAGGAAUGUAGUCAACCUUCUGAUGCAAUUAUCAUUUCCUGAGCUUAUUUUUAUUGCAUUGUUUUUCUGAUAGAAAGAACCAAAUUGCCUUUGCAUUGAAACAGACUUAAACAACAGGCAGAUCACGUACAGCUUUUAUAAGAUACAGAAAUGUGUUGCCAUUUCCACAGUCAUACAUUCACAGAAGUUGCACUUACAGCCAUACUGAGUUUUUUAAAGACCACAUUUGAAUUUUGCACCAGAAUUGUUGCCUGUCUGGGUUAAAUUGGAAUGAUGUUAUUGGCGGGGAGGUGUGAAUUGCUAAAUUAUUUCAUGGGGAUUGCUCACUUAAUCUGUAUACCUGGGCACUUUCCUACAGGGAUUGCUGGAUAGUGACCAGUAGACACUAUCUGAUUCCUAAUUUCCCCCCACAUCACCACUCCAAGCUGCAGCCAAGUUAGCUAAUAACGCCACCUACUGAAGGUCAUCAUUACGAACUUUUCAUGUCUUAGCAAGAGGCUCAAUCUCCAGAGGGUUGUUCCAAGGACACUGUUUGCAGACCCUAGCAAUGAAUAUGUUGUUUAAUCUAAAAUGGAAACAAGAUUCUUAUUCGCUCUUUGAGCAUUUAAACUUGCUCUGCAGAAGUGAAUGCCCCACACUCCUACUGAUUCUGGUGAAAUGUGAAACUAUACAUUUUUUCCCCAUUUAUAAAAGGAGGGAAAUAUAUAAGAGCUAUGCUAAUCAUUUCAAAUAUCUUAAUCUUUGUAAAAAAAAAUGUUUAACUUAUACUUUGAAAUGAAACUGUACACUGUAGUUUUGCAGAAGUGUGCUUUUACUCUUUUCUCUGAAUUAUGUAAGUAAAAAAAAU